GUUCCGAAACCUAACAUUUCUGUUAGCUCUGAAAUUUACAUAGAACAUAACCAUGGCGUUUCUUGAUGUGAUUUUUAGCCUAUUGACUGUCAAGUCAGUACUGGUUGGGUUGGCAGCUCUCUUCAUAGCUACAUGGUUUUACCGACGGCCGAGGAACCUUCCUCCCGGCCCGACUGGAUGGCCCCUUCUUGGCUACCUCCCAAAUCUCAUCUCGGCCGGGGACGAGUACAAGAACUUAACCCGACUGGCUAAGACCUACGGACCGGUGUUUAGUAUGAAUCUAGGCGGUACAUUGGUGGUGGUCGUCAACAGCUUCGCUUCUAUCAAGGAGGCUCUUAGUCACCCCAACACCGCAGCCCGUCCACCCACAAGCUUCUUCAGGAACAUGACAGAAGAUCCAGAGGCCAUGGGUGUGGUCAACUCUUCUGGUGACAGCUGGUCUCAGCAGAGGAAGUUUUGUCUGUCAGUACUGAGAGGGUUGGGCGUGUGGAGGUCAAGCUUCGAGGACGCCAUCGCUACCGAGGCAGGGUGCCUCAUCAACGGUAUCAAGGAACACGAGGGGAACCCAUUCAAUCCAGCUCAUUUGUUAGGUAAUGCUGUCUCGAAUGUCAUCUGCUCCGUUACCCUGGGUAAAAGAUUCGACUACUCUGAUCCAAAGUUCCAGCAACUGCUGAAGUUGAUGAACCGUAACUUCGAACUAAAUAAAGGUGGACAGGUGUAUCUUGUUCUACCCAUCAUGGAUUAUUUGUCAUUCAUGUCAGAUUUCAAAGAAAUGAAGAGUAACGUACACUUGAUUCUCGAGUGCCUCCGGGAGAACGUGGAGGAAUAACACCGAGGCAAUGUAGAUGCCGACAUUUUGAAUGAUUUCAUUGACGUCUUCAUCAGAGACACUCACGUCAACGAGACCAAGAACACCAGGAGUUACAUUACCAUAGAUAAUAUGUUGCUGACAUCCCUGGACCUCUUUGCGGCCGGAACAGAGACUUCAUCAACCACCCUCCGCUGGGCUUUGCUAUACAUGAUGGCCUACCCUGAGGCACAAACCAAGAUACAACAGGAAAUAGAUGAGAUCGUGGGUAGAAAUCGUCUACCACGCCUCGCAGACAAACCUCAGCUACCAUACACUGAGGCGACCAUCCUUGAGGUGCAGCGUCUGGCGUCCAUUGUGGCUGUUAACCUUCCUCACAGGUUCUCCGAGGAUACCAGCCUACUUGGCUACGAUAUCCCAAAGGGGACAAUGCUCAUUGCUAAUCUUUGGGCGGUCAGCCGAGAUCCAUCGAUCUGGUCAGAUCCAAACAAAUUUAAUCCGGAGAGAUUUCUUGACGAAGCUGGCUCCUUGAAGCCGAGGGAGGAGCAUCUGCCUUUUAGUACAGGUCGUCGGGUGUGUCUUGGAGAGCAGCUUGCCAAGAUGGAGCUGUUCAUCUUCUUCUCACAUUUACUGCAUCAGUUUUCCUUCAAGAAACUGGAUGAUUCUCAACCUUUAUCUUUCGAGGCUACCAAUGGCCUCACGUUAGCUCCGAUUCCAUUCGAAGUUUGUGCCAUUCCUAGAGAGUAAAUGGACCAACAAUCAACCCACAAUCUCUUCGCUUGCAGAGGAAUGCUUUGUUUUACACUCCUCUUGAUUGUUAAUCAUGGCUAUGAUAAUAAAUUCACAUUAUUACUAGGGUGACUGGAUUGUGAUUAUGUAAAAAGCUGUUUUAUUGUUUUGUUUCUGAGGUUAUUCGAUAUUUUAAAAGAUUUUAAAGAAUAACAAAAAAGAAAAAAAUUCAGUUGUAAAUAGUAAUACCAAAAUGUGUACUCAGAAUUUAAGAGAAGGUUUCUUGAGCAUUUUGAUGGUGUAUUAUUAAUUUCCUUUUGUUGUUGUAAUUGUUAACUUUCAGUACGAGGCAACAAACAGGUGGAACUAUUUUAUAUAGACAACGUUGAAUUUGUUUUGGUAAAACACUUAAAGGCGUCCCGGGCCUAGAGCCUUGCGUUAUCCGAUGCGUUGUAAAUGAGGGUCAAUUCAAUACCUUCUUAAAUCUACAUUACAACGAAAUGGGGAAAAGAGCCGUCCUUGCUUAAUUAAAAAAAGACUCAGUAUCGUUAAAGUCUUGUAAAAGGCAGUAGAAAUGGGUGGAACAUAGUUCUGUUAAGGGCUUGGCCAAAAUAUGAAUGCUGCGUUUGCACAGACCAUCUGACUCACGUUUACAUAAUAAUGUUGUAUGCUGGGAUACCAAGUGCGCCCUCUUUGUUCUUGGGUCUGAUACAACUUUGCUAUUUGCAUAUAUUUUGUUUACUAAAAAAAUACUAAAGUUUGUGUCCCCUGAUCUUUGGACCUUUCGCUUUUCCGUUUUAACAUGACCGAGUAACAGCACCAAAUCUGUUUUGGUUUGUAGUUGUCUCUCCAGGUCCUCUUGACGGUUAUUAUUAUCAUGCGAGAAGUAUCAUGUUGAGGUUUAUGCCAAGUCAUUAUUUUUGUUAGAGUGUGUUACAAUGCAAGUUUAACAAGCACUCUGUAUAGUAAGCAAUGUGUUAAAGGCAGUGGACACUAUUGGUAAUUAUUCAAAAUAAGUGUUGGCAUAAAAACUAUACUUGCAUGG